AUGCCACCAACAACGAGAUCUUUUACAAAACAGGCCACCGCCGUCGACUUGAGAGACAUUAUUUCAUGGACCUCUGCCGUCACUGGCGAGGCGGUCUUCUAUGAAAGGUUCCACGAUUACGAUGAAGAAGGAGAGGUUCUGUUCGUGCAGUUACGCAUGAACGAGCAGAAAGAAUUGGUUCCUUGGACCGACGGCGAAGAGGAUGAAGACCAGGACCUUGAGAUGGCAGACAACGACAGUGUCGAGAAGGGAGAGUUCGAUCCAGACUUCGUUCCAGAAGCAGACCGCGCCGCCGACGAAGACCAUGUCGGCGUGCAAAAACUUGCUCAAGAGGCACAAAUGGCACCCAAGCAGAGACGUCUACCAGCCAGGCGCCGUCAGACCUCCAAGGUCAACAAAACCACAACUCUUCCCGCCGAUUCUCUCCCUGGCCUUCCUCUUCCCGCCGCUCUGGAUGCCGGCAUGAUUGUUGACAUGACCGACCUUGUUCAACACGAGUCCGUUCUCGACUUCAUUGUCAGCCCCUCAUCGGAGGCAGUUCUGCAGUCAACCUCGCAGAAAAGUCUCUCAAGCAUGCUCAGAAACUUCCGGGUCGAUGACCUGUCAGAAGUCAAUGGAGCAAGGGCUCACGCGAGGGAGAAGGAGGCCUACGAUUCUGUUCGUCCAAGCAAGGUCAUCAACGGUAGACGGGUGCUCGACCCUCGCCCAGUCAUCUUUCGCCCAAGCAAUCCCGCGUUGCACGAGCGCUUCCCGCGCGGCUCUGACUGGAAGAUCGCUGUACCUAUUCUCGAAUGGCUCCGCACCAUCGAUAACCGUGUGGCUACAGGUUACGAGGGCUUGAGAAUCACUGACCUGUGGGUUGAACAAAUGAGUCUGAUCAAUGCUCUCAGCAAGCACAGCAUCUUCAGCAUCAUCCCCAACUACCUGAUUACCAGACCUUGCAGAAUCGUUGCCACUAUCAUGCAGGUCUGCGCUGCAGUGUCUCUCCAGAAGGGUAGAAACCCUCCUAGUCCCAUCACUGAGGAGGAAUUUGAUGCCGGCACCUUUGCUCGUCCUUACCAGAUCGUGGUCGUCCCCGACGAUGACAUUGAUCCUCUUAUCUAUAUGGAUGCCUACACUGUCGCCUUCGACACCGGCGUCAAGCUGUCUACUCCUGCCAUCAACAUCACCUACCCCGGUGACGAGUACCAGUACCUGGCCAACGCCGAUGCCGUCCUUGUCACCAUCGAGCGUCUCAAGAAGCUCGUUGGCACCAGAGCCAUCAACCUGUCCUGCGUCACCCGCAUCAUUGUCGACGAGCCUCUGUACAUCAACAAGGCUACUUGGCACUCUUUGGGCAUGCUGCUUCGUCACCCCCAGAUGAACUCUCAGGUCGGCAUUGUCUUCUCUGGUCGUGCAGCUUCAUUGGACGAGGAUGUUGUCAAGAAGAUCCGCGAGUUCACCACCCAUCACCUGCCCUACUGGCACGAGCACGACACCGAGAGCCGCGCAUUGGCUCAGGCCGAGUGGGAUGAAUACGAAGCUACCAUCUGA